AACUGCGGCAGAGAGAUAACGGACAAACACUCAGCGAGAGCUCCGCGGCGAGGGCAAGGGUUCACUGUUCGGGUAAAGGUUUCUCUGUCCUAAAUAAAGUAAUGAGGUAGAAAGUCAAAAAGUUAACCAACCCAACCGGCUAUGGAACAGAUUGGCACGGCUACGGUGAAGAUGGACCAGAAGUUUGAGGAGAUAGAUUCAGAGGGCCGGUGGCAGAAACUCUACUCAGAAAUCAGGAACCAGUCCCACGAGUGUUCCUACAAAGUGGCAAAGUAUCCGGAGAAUCGCAACAGAAACAGAUAUCGGGAUGUCAGUCCAUUCGAUCACAGUCGGGUGAAGCUGAAGAACACAGAGAAUGACUACAUCAAUGCAAGUCUGGUAGUGAAUGAGGAAGCCCAGAGGAGUUACAUCCUGACUCAGGGCCCCCUCAGGAACACCUGUGGUCACUUUUGGCUCAUGAUCUGGGAGCAAAAGACCAAAGCAGUCAUCAUGCUCAACAGAGUCAUAGAGAAAGGCUCGGAAAAGUGUGCCCAGUACUGGCCCACAGCAGAGGAAAGGGAGAUGGCCUUCAGAGACACACGCUUCUUGGUCACACUGCUGUCAGAAGACACCAAGUCUUACUACACCACCAGAAGGCUGGAGCUGCAGAACAUUCAAACAGGGGAGAAAAGGGAGCUCUACCACUUUCAUUACACAACGUGGCCCGAUUUUGGUGUCCCCGAGUCCCCGGCUUCCUUCCUAAACUUCCUCUUUAAGGUGCGGGAAUCUGGAGCACUGGGCACAGAUCAAGGACCAGCUGUGGUGCACUGUAGCGCUGGAAUCGGACGCUCAGGGACGUUUUCACUAGUUGACACAUGCCUGGUCCUGAUGGACAAGAGGAAAGACCCCUCAUCAGUAGACAUCAAAAGCAUCCUGCUGAACAUGAGGAAAUACCGAAUGGGCCUGAUUCAGACUCCUGAUCAGCUGCGAUUCUCAUACAUGGCUGUCCUUGAAGGGGCAAAGUUUAUCAUGGGAGACUCAUCUGUACAGAAUCAGUGGCGGGAAUUAUCCAAGGAAGAUCAGGAGCCGCUAUCAGAGUCUCCCCCUGCACCUCAGCCACAGGCCAGGUGUCCGACGGAGCGGCACAAUGGCAGCCAGCAGGAGGACGGAGGGGACUACAGACAGGACGGCAAAGCGCCUGCACAGUCUCCCUGCAAGGAGCAGGAGCUCGAUGGCAGCACAGCACAGUCAGUACAAAAACGACGCAGGGAAGACAGCAUCUCCAAAUCGAGCACAGCCAAGACACCCCAAAGCAAGUCCAGGACAAAUGACUCUGAGAGGAAGAGAAAAAGGGCGAAAACCAGCGACUACUAACCACCUCCACCUGUAGCCACAACUCUGGCAGCAAAGCCAACAUCGGCAGGGAACUCCAGCUCUCUCCCAAUCUUCCUCACCUCCAUGUCCUCAGCUAGCGCUCCUUUUCCUUUUCAUUGCUUGUGUGUCUUUUUUUUCCCUUGCAUACCGGCCUAUCAUCAUUAGUUAGAGCCAACAUUUCUGUUUCUUCUACCAUCAGGAACACAUCACGUCCACCUCCGGCUCACCUUUCCGAUCUCUCAUCCUCAUUGUUUACAGUGGACACUUUGACAUUCGUUUAAAGACAAGCACACCAGCGCUUUACCCCUCUGGCCACACCUCAACCUUAAACUGUCAAUGCUGCUUCCGGAGUCAAAAGAUUUGUUUUUUCUUUCUCUCGCUCUCUUUUUUGGCAUUAAUAAUAUUAUUUUGCAGCUUUCUCAUUCUUUUACGCUCAUUUACAUUCAUGAAAUUCAGACUGAAAAUAGGGGCUAUGCAUUGCCAAUUUGUAAUGCUGUUUAUAUGUGUAUUUUUGGAAAAGGGUAAAAAACAUUUUUUCAGAGGCAAAAGUAAAAAAUGUUCUAUUUUUUAUAAUAAAUUACUUGAAGUUUUUCAGGUGAUGUGGGGCCGGCUGAAUGAAACACACUGUCUUGCUCCCAUGUGAGAAAUUCAGUGACAUGUAAUGUUUCCAUGAUGUACAUAGUGUUCUUCUUUUUUUUUUUAAGAGAGAUGUGUACAAAAUGACAUAUUUUUGCUUGUAAAGGAAACCCUGAAUACCAAAAGAAGAAGAAAAAAGGACGAAAGCUUAUGUUACACACCUGGAUAAAGUAGAAAGCUGAUUUAAAGCUGACUUGUUCUCCUUUUGAAACAAAUUGUCUUAAGUUUGUUUUUGUUUUUUAGAGUGUAAUCUGUAAUUAAAACUGGUAUCAUCUAGUUUACAUACAAA